GGUACGGUGUUGUCGGAGCGGUGCGUCUGCUGCAGCAUGGCGAAAGUCACGAAGAAAAAAGUGGGUAAAAUGAAGGUGAAGAAGAGCAAAAAGGUUAAAAAGCGUCUUGAAACUAGCGGGGACUCUUCGGACGAGAUGCAAGAGGAAAGUGAGGAUUUUACGGCCGUUUCUGAGCCCGUUCGUUAUGACGACGAUGAUGAUGAUGAUGAGGAUCUGAACCCGGAGUUGAGCGCGGACGAAGAGGAGCCGGACGAGGAGGACGAACGCAAAAGGAACAAGCUGGUCCAGGCCAUCAGCUCCAUGGGAGGGGGGCACCGGAGCGCGCGGCUGGAGGAGAGGUCCGAGGCCGCGGUGCAGGUGUCCGAGUUCGGCGUGACCGCGGCGGGAGAGGGGUCGAAGGUCGAGCUGUCAGACCUCAUCCCCAGCGCCACCAAGAAGGCCCACAAGCAGAUCGAGACCCUCCAGCGGCGCAGCAAGACGCUCGAAACUCCACUCUCCAGGCAGGAGACAGAGCGCAUUCACCGGGACGUCGCCUUCCAGAAAGUUUCGGACGAGGUGUCGAAGUGGAAGAGCGUGAUCAGGCAGAACGAGCGCUCCGAGCAGCUAGUUUUCCCCCUGAACCAGGAACCGUCCGGGCCCAAACCCAUCGAGCAUGUGGUGACCGCGUGGAACACCCAAACACCUCUGGAGCAGGAGAUCUUCGCUUUACUCAACGCCAACAAACAACCGAUACACAACCCCAUCCUCACGCCCGCCGAAGAGGAAUCCCUCAAAGCCAUGAGUCUGGAGGAAGCCAAGAUCCGCAGGGCCGAACUCCAAAAAGCCAGAGCGCUGCAGUCGUACUACGAGGCUAAAGCGCGAAGAGAGAGGAAAAUUAAAAGCAAAAAGUAUCACAAAGUUCACAAUAAGGCAAAACGAAAAGAAAUGUUAAAGCAGUUCGACGAGAUGGUGAAGAGCAAUCCCGAAGCGGCUCUAGAGGAGUUGAAAAAGCUGGAGAUGGCGCGAAUGCAAGAAAGGAUGUCGCUCAAGCAUCAGAACAGCGGCAAGUGGGCCAAGUCGAAAGCGAUAAUGGCGAAGUACGACGAGGACGCGAGGAAAGCGAUGCAGCAGCAGCUGGAACUGAACAAAGAGCUCACGCAGAAGGUGGUCACGGCUCUGAAUAACGACGACGAGGAAGACGACCAGGGAGAGGACGGAGAGGAGGAGGUUCUGCCGGAUUUCGUGAACGAGGCGGAGAAAGCGGGAGACGCGACAAACCCGUGGAUGAGAGGAAAACUUACUGAAGAAGAGAGGGAGAAAGAAGAAACGGCCGAAAUGCCGGAUGAGGCGGUCGUGAUAGAGGAGUCGUCCGAUGAGGAAAACGAGGUGAAGGAAGAAGAGGUGUUGUUGCGAGAGUUUGAAAAUAGGCGUCAAAAGCGUAAAGAAGAAGAAGAAGACCGAAUGGCUGACCAGGAUGAUGAUGAUGAGGAGGAAGAGGAGGAGGACGUUGUCGCUGAAGAUGAGUUGUCAGAAUUUACGUCAAAAAUACGCAGUUUGCCUGAGAAGCCAGAAGUUGAAGUGAUCGUAGACAACUCGACGCCACUAGAAGAAGGGCUCACAAGGAUCCAGACUUUGGAGGACGCGGAAAAUCUAGAAGUACCAGAAAUGUCGGAAAACGUGGAAAGCGAUGUGGUUGAAAUCGCGCAGGUGGAAGAAACCGCAAAAGAACCGCCGCCCAAAAAAGCCAAAAAGAGAAAACGUAAUAUUGAACUGAAGGAAGUUCUGACCAAAGAGAGCAAAGUUGUAUCUGUCCCGCUGAAGCUCACAACAGAAGAAGCAGGAGAGGAGGAUCUGGAGGAGGAAAUGGACCAGCGUGGGCUCAUCAAAGAGGCGUUCGCGGGAGAUGACGUCGUUUCGGACUUCCUGAAAGAAAAGCGCAAACAGGAAGAAGCUGGGAAACCGAAAGUGGCGGACUUGACGCUUCCUGGAUGGGGCGAAUGGGGCGGUUUGGGUUUGAAGCCGUUGAGAAGGAAACGCAAAAAGUUUCGAAUCAAAACUCAGCCAGCGGUGCAACGUAAAGAUGCAAAACUUCCUGCGGUGAUCAUGUCGGAGCAAAGGGACAAAAGUGUCGCCUCACACCAAGUGAACAGUCUGCCGUUUCCUUUCGGAGACCACACGCAGUUCGAAAACACUAUCCGCUGUCCGCUGGGAAGGACGUGGAAUAGUGAAAAAACUGUCAAGAAGGUCACGCAGCCCAGAGUGGUGACGCAGCUCGGAGCCAUCAUCGAGCCAAUGGGCCACGAGGAGCUCAAGAAAAGUCAGCAGAGCGCGGGAAAUCAGAAAUCCCAGACCCAGACAACAAAGGCGACAAAUCAGAAGAAAACGAAGCCGGAAAGGAGGAAGCAACAAGCACAGAAACGGAAGAAACGCAAACAGUAGGGACCGUGAAAUGAAUAGUUUUCCGUUUUUAGCUGGAUGCAGAAUGUUUCAGAAUAAAGUUUUAGUUAAUAUGUAAAGUAUUGUGGGUAUUGGAUAAUGGGGCUUCCUUAUAAAGAUGGUUAGGGUUGUUUUGGAGACAUUUCAGUUUUCAUUUUGAGCAAACCAAAAACAUAUAUUAAUCUGCUGAUAUGUAUUUUGUAGUGCUGGUUUCAGUCGACGUCACAAAAUUUUAUUCUGUCCUACAAAGGCAAAAGUACGGAAGCCGAACGGGGUCACAACAAACGCAAACGCCGCAACAAAUACAAACUCAACAACACAAAUGCAAAUGCCGCAACACAUUAAAAAGCCACCACGGAAAUUACCCUAUUUUCGACGGACCGAUCAAGCGGCAAGUGAAAAAGAAGAACUACAACGUGAAAUGAAUAAUGAUAAGACAAUAAAUGACUUUUACUUACGUUUCCAACUUCUCCGUUCCUUUACUUUUCACAUUGUAGUUCUUCUUCACUUGCCGCUUGAUCGGUCCGUCGGAAAAUAGAGUCCCGUUUUGUUGUGUUGUCGCGUUUGUGUUUGUUGUGACCCCUCUUGGCUUCCGUACAAAAGAGCUUAACUCUCCAGAGUGUGAAACUGAGAAAAAUUUGUUUCUGUUUUGUCCAGACAAAUACAGAAUAGAUCGGGCUCCCAAAAUUUGACAUCUAGUUGCUAUAAUGAAGAAAUAAUUGGUAUGCAAAAAAUAUUGAGCUCAAAAUUGAUCUUUGACCGUUUGUGUCAUGAGCCAAAAAUAAGGAGUCGUGCAAAGACAAAAGGCAGAAACUGACAUGAUCAUUGUUAUUUGCUUGAUUUUGCCCAAACUUCCAUCCAUUAUAAGGAAGCCUCACCAAAGUCCAGUCAUCGAGGUGUUUGUCUGAAAUGAUAAAGAACAGGGGUCCCCAACCUCCAGGCCGUGUACCAUUAACGGGCUGCAAAAGCACGAACCUGCCCUACCGUACGCCACGUGGACUGUCCCUGCUUCCGUGUUUCCUGCACCUCUAAACCAAAAUGAAAAGCAGGACUAAAAGGUCUAAACCAGGUCUACAAUCUCGACUAAAACAGGAUUUAACCAGGACUAAACCAUGCCGCACAGACUGCAUCUCGGUCUUCUCGCCACCAAUCCGUGAAAAUAUUGUCCCGAAAAGAGCGCAACCCCCACUCCCCAGGCCUGCGAAAUAUUGCUGGACAAUAAACCGGUCCGUGACGCAAAAAAGGUUGAGGACCACUGAUGUAGAAGAGCUUUGGAUUUCCUGUUUAGAGCUGAUCAGGACACUUAUACGGUUAAACAGUUAGACAAGUGACUUUGCAGUACAGUGUGUACAGUAUGAAAAAAUACGCCAAAUACUUUCACAUUAAAGAUCAAUGAAGUAUAAUUGAGCACAAAGGUUUGUUUAUUUAAUGUGUUAACAUCGUGUGCAAAGGCCGCAACAAAAAGAAGGAAGCGAGAGGUUGGAUUUUAAAAUAACAUAUAAUUAUGAACUAAGUCACAAACAUAAAUAUACACAGUUUCUGCCUUUCAUCUUUGCACAACUCUUUAUUUUUGGCUCACGAUACAAAGGCAGAUACAGGAACUGACAAAUAAGAGUCAAAAAAGGGCAAUUUUGAGCUCAAUAUUUUUCACGAUCUUUAUUCGCAUGAUAAAGGAGGUCUCAAAUACAAACAAAAUGACCUGAACUUUGUACAUGUUUUGACCAAAAAUGACAUUACGGUGUUCUGCUUUUGUUGAGCAGCAUAGGUCAGGGGUCUCCAAGUCAUAGCUCAGGAGCGACCAGUAGCUCUCCACCCCCUUCCAAGUAGCUCGCCAAGGGUUAUCUGAAUAAUAUAUAUUGCACUUAAUUACUAAAAUCUGAUUAAUUACCCCUGUAAAUGUAUAAUUUUGACUCCUAACUUGUGCAGUAAUAAAUGAAUAAAGGUUUAUGUUUUAUAGGCA